UUGCGCGUCAGGCAAAAGUUGUUGAUGGCCGACGACGUCGCCUUCGCUUCGGCUUGCGAUGCCGAAUCCGCUCCUGUUCGUCGGCAAGGGCGCGGCGCUGACGGCGGCGGCCCGAGCGGCUGACAAGGCGAACGAAGGCGGCGGAGCAUUCCAGCGGCUGGGCGAGGGCCGCGGCGCGGCAAUCCGGCUCGCGUGGCCGGCGGAGGCGCUGCACACCGUGCCGCACGAGAGGCGGGCGGCGGCGGGCGACGCGGACGACCCGUUCGCGCACGGCCGUCCGAUCACCAAGAGGGCGAGGCGCGCGGCGGGCGAGCUGCGCGCCGUGCAGCACCAGGAACGUGCGGAGGCGCCCAGAGAGGCGGAGCUGGCGGCGGCAGAGGAGCGGACGGCGGAGCAGGCGGCGCUGCUGGCGCCGCUCGCGGCGACGGACACCACGGCGCGCCUGGCGAAGCGGAGGCGGAGCGCCCUCGUGGCGGCGGUGCUGCAUCAACCCAUUGCGGAGCCGCCUACCUACCUGUUAGAAACAAACGCAAGGCGGACAUGGCAUAUCGCUCUCGGGCCCACAGACAUCCCGCACACCCGCCGCCACCCGCGCGCGCCCCACCCCGGCCGGGAGAAAGGGGAGUGACAGUUUGGGAUGGACAGCCCGAGUAUGUUGAGUCCUGGCUCAACAACGCAGGGAACAAGAGGGGGUGGUCCGGCUCACAGGUCCGGCUCACGCGCCUCGAGCUUAACAUCUACCGCACUGAUCACUUCCGCCCCCUCGCUCCCAACCCAUCCACCCCGCCCCGGGCCGCGCCGCGCGAUCUCGGGCGAUCUCGCGCUAUCUCGGGCGAUCUCGGGGCCGCGCCGCGCUAUCUCGGGCGAUCUCGGAGCGUCGCUCGCGCGGCGUCACACCUGCUCAAAAAGGAAGGAGGUUGGAGGCAGGAGGUCACGCUAGAGCUGUCAAACGUUAAGAGCUGAACAGUGUUGCUAGUGUUAACAGUAACAACAG